GGCACCGGGCCCGGCUGGGAAUCGCCGCACCCCCCGGGGCCGGGACCCGGCCCGUUACCGCGGCCGCUGAUGCCGGAGCUGUGGGGGGGGUCCCGGUCCCCGUCCCCGCUCUCUUCCGAUCCCCGGUGACUCCACCUGCCCCCAGGCUGUCCCAGCUGCCGGGAGCGUUUGCCAUGGACCAGGGGCACGUCAGCAGCCACCGCCUGAGUGUGACCGCGAGCCCCCCACGGUGGGAGAUCGGGAUCUACGCCGCCGGCGCCGUGGUGCUGCUGGGGGUGGCUGCGCUCAACCUCUGGAAGCUCUGGCGCUCCGGGACCUACCCGGCACCUUCCCCCUUCCCCAACUACGACUACCGGUACCUGGAGCAGAAGUACGGGGCGGCGCACUUGGGCACCAAACCCAAGCGAGGGGUGACCCCGGGGGCACAGAGGGGGCUGGAGAAGACAUCACCCACCCGCAAGAGCAGCCUGAGGGCAGAUGACACCUUGGAGAGCAUCAACGAGCUGGGGAGCCUGGAGCUGAUGAGCAGGGACCUGGGCCUGGCCGCCUACGGCCCCCUGAGGAAAUCCAUCUCUGCCGACUCGCUGAGCUCCAUCUCGUCCAUUGGGAACAACUUUGGGCAGGAAUUCACAGUGGGGCAGGUGGAAGUGUCCAUGGAGUACGAUGCAAAGGCGGCUGCCCUGCACGUGACGCUGCUGCAGGGCAAGGACCUGCUGGAGAAGGAGGACGCUCGCUUUGAGUCCUGCUUCAUGCGCGUCAGCCUGCUCCCGGCCGAGCAGAUCGUCGGCAUCUCCCGGAUCCAGCGCAGCGCUGGUGCUGUGGCCUUCGAGGAGCGGUUCUCGGUGCCGCUGGAGCCCGCGGCGCUGGAGGAGCAGAGUCUGCGCUUCUCCGCCUUCGGCAUCGACGAGGACGAGCGGAACGUCAGCACCGGCGUGGCCGAGCUCAAGCUCUGCGACCUGGACCUGGCCACGCGGCCCUUCAACGCCUGGCUCUACCUGCAGGACAUGAACAAGGCAGUGGACACGGUGGGGGAGAUCCUGCUGUCCCUGAGCUACCUGCCCACAGCUGAACGCCUCACCGUGGUGGUGGUCAAAGCCAAGAACCUCGUGUGGACCAACGGCAAAGUGACCGCAGACCCCUUCGUCAAGGUGUACCUGCUGCAGGACGGGAGGAAGAUCAGCAAGAAGAAGACAGCGGUGAAGAGGGACGACACCAACCCCGUGUUCAACGAGGCCAUGAUCUUCUCUGUGCCGGCCAUCGUGCUGCAGGAGCUGUCCCUGCGGGUGACGGUGGCCGAGUGCGGUGAGGACGGUCGCGCUGACAACACGGGGCACGUCCUCAUCGGCCCCGCGGCCAGCGGCAUGGGCACCACGCACUGGAACCAGAUGCUGGCCACGCUCAGGAGGCCCGUGUCCAUGUGGCACCCGCUCCGCAGAAACUAAGGCUGAGGGGGGGUCCCUGCACCCCGGGACAGCGGCACAGGGGGUCGGGGUGGCCGGGAGCCGCCGGGGCUGCAGCCGGGCAGGGGCUGGGCCAGGCUCUGCAGCACUGGGAGGACUGAGCGGCUGGAGCAUCCCGCUCCCAAAGCACUGGAGGAUGGAGCAGCUCCUUGGCUGUGUCUCACCCCAUCCGGGAUGUCCUCGCGUGUGCCACGGGCUGUGAAUGGACCUGCUGAGAAAGGAGUCUCCAUCCAAAUGGACCAAAUGCAGCACAACCUCCCAGACUGUUCCCGAGUAUCCCGGGGGGGCACCAGUGGUGGCCUCGAACAUGGACCCUGAGGGCUGCUGGGGAUGGGGUGGGCUUCGGUGAAGGGUGGUUUUGGUUGGAUGGGAGGAUGGAGAGGGAUGAUAAAGAGCUGGCACGGUGUGGCUUCACUGGGUGAAUGUGGUUGCUCUGGGCCAGUGUGGCUUUCCUGGGGGGUUUCAGAGGGAUUUUGGUGCCAAAACAUUGCCAAUGAGGAUGGAGAAAGGGAGAAAUGACAGCAGAGGAAAAGAUCAUUGUUACAGGUGGGGUUUCCUUCUGUGUCCUCUCAAGCAGAGCAAAUCUCUGCCCCUUGCUGUGGAGGGGUGGCUGGACUUGGCCAAAGGGGGUUCAACCUCUUGGGUUGAAAGAGACCUCUCAGGGCUGAGAGUCAUCAGUUGGGGGCAGCUUUUCCCACCCCAGCCCCUUUUCCCAGCAAAACCAACCCUCAGGGCUGCUCCCAGCAGCAAAUUCCUGCUCUUUUAACACAGAUCUCACAACUGCGGGGGUAUUUUUUACAGCCCCCGGCCCUGGAAUCCACUUUGACUUGCUCAUCCCAAAGCUCCCUCGUUUUACCCAAUGUCUGGGUGCAGAGAGGAAUGUCCUGGCCCUGUGACAGAAGGCAGAAGCAAGAGUUCCCCGAUUUCACCAUUUUUAAGCCCAGCUCCUGUUUCAGGGGGAAGGGAGGGGAAAAACCUGGAUCCUGGCUCCUGCCGGCAGCAAGGGCCCUGGGUCAG